AGAAACUGCUAUUGCAUUGGUUAGACAAGCGACCAAGAUCGCCUUGGCUUCAAAAAACAACACUCAAUUCAAUACUCGGCAGUCUCCGAAUUCUCUAUUAUGCAUUCUAACUAUAUCUAAUCUGAAUCAGAUUGUUGGCAAUACAAACUGUUGGAAGUCUUUUCAAAGUGUGAUAUCUUCUCUGUAUUUUGCAGCAGCUCAAGAAACGUUCAACCCUGAAGGGGUUGAGAGUGGGAGUAUAUGGCUGCCUAUAAACAUUAUCUUGCAGGGAUGGUGUGGAUAUGAUGUUUGGGAUUUUGCAGCUGAGAAAGUAUGGGUUUGCAUGUUGGUUGAAGCUAGAUCUGGACAGAUAAAACCAAAGCUUCAUUCCGAUCCAAGAUUUCUUGAUGGUAAUGUGCCAGAGCACAUUCAGUUGGAUAUCUCUGAAUGGCUUACCAAUCAUCCCAACGAUCUGCAAGAAUCCAGCGACUCUUCAGAACAUGCUACAGAUCUUCCUCCCGUUUUUGGACAUGUGGCAGUUGGCGGUACAUUUGACUAUUUGCAUGCUGGUCAUCGUAUUUUGCUAACUUGCUCCGCAUGGCUGACCUCAACUCGGUUGAUAUGUGGUGUUACAGAUCUAAACCAAACCAGUUUGGAGCGUAAACAAGCAUACCAAAACAUGCAAUCGCUACAGACUCGACUCGAUGGAGUCAAGACGUUUUUACAUCGUAUCAAACGAGAUAUCAUGUAUGAUAUAAUUCCUAUAUACGAUGACUACGGUCCUACUCUUACAGAUGAGCUUAUAGAGGCUAUAGUAUGCUCCAGAGAAACAAUUCGGGGCUGUAAACUAGUCAACGAUCUUCGACAACAAGGAAACCUCAAACCAUUGCAUAUUUUUAUUAUUGAUGUGAUUUCAUCAUCAGUAGGAGUCAUCACUUCUCAAGACUUUCGAUCCAAAAUCAGCUCAACCUAUCUACGUCUACAUAUGCCUACAUGUCCACACUCUGGUCUCGAUAAUUAAAUAUGACAGUAAUAUCAUUCAUGUUUAAUGUUCAUGGUUACAAAUGGGCUCGACUAUUUGUAAACACUCAUAGUAUUGAUGACAUCAGGGUUUUAUUAUCGAAUCUACAUGCAAAAUCGAUUGAACUGAAACGUGAUAACAUAUCUCUACUUAAAUAUAUAGCCAUUGAGUUAAUGUAGAGUGGAUGAUUUAUAUGGGACAAAUGAUUAAGUGAAUAAAAUAAUGAGAAAUCGAAACAAUUGUUCCAGACACACCAACUUCAUAUAAUUCUCUCUGGCUAUUCGAGUUUGUACUUGUAGUAAAUCUACUGCUUUUGAAAUAUGGAUACAUGUGGCAAAACUCGAGCCAUUGCGACAAGUAAUGACAAAAGUGUGACUGCAUAAAGCAGCAGAAACAGCAAUAAAAGUUAUAAACUAUCUGAACCGUCUGAAUCCGCCUUUAAAUAUCCGUGACCACCACGUUGCAGGCUUUUUUUUGCUUAAUCCAGCACCGCCAGCAAUAGACCGGUCAAGAUCGGAAUAUGGACCAUGCUCCAAUAAACUCUUGAGAUCGGCAAAAUUGGUCAUAACGGAUUGAGCAAGAUUAGCAUCAGCAAUGCCAUAAACACGCUCUUCAACUUCUCGCUCUACUCUAUCUAUACUUUUCACUAAACAUUGAAAGAAACCAGUCAAAUCUGCUUCAACGACGGUUGCAGACAGAAUCUUUGGCUGCGAAAUGGUAGAAGAUCCACCUGUGAGUGAUGUCAAUGGAUUUGUAGUUUUUUGCAAGUCUGUCAAUUUAUAAGUUCCGC